AUGGAGUUCCGAGGGUCUGAAAUCAGCCGAAGGUUACCAAAGAGGAGGCCCCUGACCGACGUCAGUAACGCCGUCACCGCUUCCGUGAAGCUCAAGGAGAAUUCUGGGGCGAAGCCGAAAUCCAGAGCCAUUGCGGUCCACGACGAGAUCCCUAUCGGAGGCGAGACUAGCAGUAUAGGAUCUUGCAACUCCGAGAACUCUUCGAGUCGGAAGGCUGGCCCCUCUUCUUCCGGAUCUACAGUGGCGGACCCGCCGGUGAAUUCAGGUAACCCCUGGGGUUUUCUUCGGGUUCCAGAGUGGAUGACGCGUGGGUUCUGUUUAUUUUGUUUCUUCCUGACUUCUACUCGGGGGUUUGUCUUUUGGGAGGCCCGAUCGGUUCUGUAGAUGAUUGGAGGAAUCAAUUUGUUCCGGUAAUCCGUGCUACUGGAAACCUAGGCGGGGUAUGGGGGAUACUAAACUUUUUGAAAUAGUUUCUGCAUUUUGAAUUUGAUUGCGUUAUCUUUGGCCCUGUCGAUCGGUUGCGAUAUUGAAUCUAGGGUUUGCUGAAGAAGGAACGAAUUGAAUUGUCUCUUCAAUCUUGACUCCUGCUCGAUGCCUCGGACUAGCUUCGCAAUAAUCGAACAUUAUCUUUAAGGUUUUCGCCCAUUCUGAAUGCAGCUUACUUCUGAAUCACUACAUGAUUUGGCUAUGCUGCCUUUGAGUAUUCGUGAGGUACGACCACAGCUCCUAGGGAUACUGCCGGAUCUACGACUUUAGGAUUCCAUAUGUUUGAUAUGAUAGAUGCUCCACUGGGUGCACACAGACAUACAGAUUCGACGAUGAAAUGCGCGCCGUGAGAAAAUAUCUUUAACGAAUGCAUAGAUUUGCUACUCUAUGGGAAUGGUGUUUUCACACAAGCAAGUAGCAAUGGAGUCGUGUAUGAAUCCUUUUAGUUAUUUUCCGUUUUCGUGUUACCCUGACUGAAGUCCUCAGACUUGUUGGAUCCUUCAUAUUUUAGGUGAAAAAUGAUUUCAAGAUAAUCACUCAAAGUAAUAUUGGAAGGCUACGAGAAAGAAUAUGAGACAAAAAGUUAUUUAUAGUUGUGCAUUUGGUGCGCUGUUGAUGAAAAAAGUUGGACUAAGUUAAUUAUUAGAGUAAAACUGAUAUCUUCACCAUUCACUCUUACAGCCUGGUAUAUGUUUUGUGCGGCUGUUUUUUUGACUUGAGAAGCAGAGGACUGCAUUGAUUUGAUAGCAUUGUAGAAAUUCCGAGUUUGAAGUUUUUAUCAUGUGCUAUCUUCAUCAAUUACUCAGGAUAGACAAUAUUUUCAACCUUGUUCUUGGUUUCUUAGGUGAUUGCAAAUUCCUUUUAUCUAAUUUUUCCUCCUUUCACACUUAAAGGUGUUGCCGACCGGAGUGUUCUUGAACCAGUGGUUCUGUACACCCGUCAAAGUUCAAGGAGGCAGAAAAGCAAGCGGAAGGCUGAUUGGGAUCCUCUUCAGUCGAGUUGCCCGCCACCAAAAAGGAUUAGAAGUGUUGGGUAUGUGUGACAAUGCGCUGUUUAGGAAUGUUCUCUUGUUUUCAAGCUACCUAAAUAUUGAUGUUCUUGACUGCUAGACGAUGAAUAUGUGAUUGGGUUUCUGAUCUAAUCAAUCUUUUUUUCUCUCCAAGUUGCUUUGAUUUCGAUUUUUUCUUAAGGAAAUUUGCGCUUCUUGGAUAUUACUCAAGUAUUAUUUCAUGCUUUUUCUUGCAUUUCUUUCUGCCAUAUUUUGUUUGGCCAAUCUAAGGAAGGUCUAUAAUGAUGGUGAUAUUUAUUAACAAUGUAUUUGAAUAUGUGAUUGGGUAUUGGCUGGUAGACGAUGAAUAUGUGAUUGGGUUUCUAAUCUUAUCAACUUUUUUUCUCCCCAAGUUGCUUUGAUUUCGAAUUUUUCUUAAUGAAAUUUGCGCUUCUUGGAUAUUACUCAAGUAUUAUUUCAUGCUUUUUCUUGCAUUUCUUUCUGCCAUAUUUUUUUUGGUCAAUCUAAGGAAGGUUUACAAUGAUGGUGAUAUUUAUUUAAAUGCAUUUGAAUAAGAAAUGGAAGAUAUCAUAAACGACACCACAAAAUUUUCUACAAACGUAGGUGCUGGAUUCUGCGAAACUCUCUCUCUCUCUUUCUCUCUCUCUCUAUCCACCGAUCUGUCUGUAGGUAUCCAUCUCUCAUAAUAUGUGAGAUAAACCACUCCAUGGUGGACUAAGAUGUUUCCGUGAUCCAGUUUUUCUUUUUUCCCGGGAAUAAUACCUGCUGUUUCUGUUGAUUUUGGAACAAAGAUUUAAAUCACAGAAAGCAGAAAAUUGUAGAACAAUACGUUGAUUUUGAGGUCAAAAUUUCUUACAUUGCCAGCGGGUGGUGUCUUUUCAAGAAGCUUAACGAGUUUGAUCUACAAAAUGGCUCGCGUACACACACACAUUGACAGCCUACUAAGCUUUUUAGGCCGUACCCAUUACAAUCGGUGCGAAAGGUGUAUGAGAGGAACACAAAUUCAUGGUUGAAAAGUUUCCCUGCAUGUAUAUUAUACAGGGGCUCAUUAAUUCAGUUAUUUUUUUAUAACAUAAAAAAAUCCAAGAAAUUCCUCCACUUAGAACAAGUUUAAACUGCAUUCAAUGGAAUUCUGCAGUAGCCAUUGGAUACCCCGAGAUAUUUAUAUCAAUUUCUGGCCCUCUAUCUGCAUAUUUAUGGAAUCAAAAAAUAAAUGAGAGGACCAAUAAAGAUGAUUCAAUCUCUUCCCAUUCUUGUCUCGAAACAGGGAUAAUCAGAUGAAAGCUUCUGAAGAUGCUGAUUGCCUCGCUGCUGCAUCCUCAGUUCCUUAUCCCAAAUCCAAGAGGGUAAUUUCUCUUCACUCAAUGCUUUCUCUCAUUCCAUUGUAAUAAACCAUUAUCUUGCUGCCCUCAUCUGCAGAAAUGGCGUUACAUGCUGUCAUCGGACAGUAGGAAUCAGCCGCAGGCACUUCUUCCACAGCAGUUCAUCGACGAACAGAGGGCCUACUUUGCGGAGGUGGAUGCGUUCCAACUCCCAGAGGAGGUCGUCUCGGAGACCGAAUUGGAAUAA